UUUAUUUUAAUACCACAAACUGAGUAAAACAUUAUCUCAUUGCUGUUGUUGUGCGAACACUAAGUCCCAUGCUGCAGUGCGCUACGUCAGUACAUUCCUCGGUGUUACGUAGCGCCUGAUAGGUUUAUUAAAGGUCGUACGCACGGACGCCGGAAAAUAAAGUAGUGUUGUGUUUUGCAAAGUUAUUUUUUUUUUGGUUUGUUUUUAUCUGAUUACUUAUUAACAGAAAAUGGACGCCAUGCACAGACACCGUGCUAUGUAUAAAGGCACCACACCACCUUGGAAAGAGACCUACAGGAAGCGAUGUGUGGAGCGCCUGAGGAACAGCCGCUCGAGGCUGCUGCAGAGGUAUCGGCAAGCUGGGGGGAGCCUGCACUGCGGGGCCCAGGGCUCCUUCAUGGUACAGGAGGUGAUGGAAGAGGAGUGGAACGCACUGCAGACAGCAGACUGGGGGCUGCCCUCCAUGUGGAGCAAAGGGGGCGGCUUUGGAGAUAUUUUCAACCUCAAGAACGACGAGGAGUUGGCAGUGCUCGAGGAGAUUCAACGGGAACUUGUUGCGCAGGAACAAGCCAUCCUUGAAGAAUAUGACAGAAGCAUGCUGUAUGAGGAGCAGUGUGUGAUUGCGAUGACUGAAGGCCUGGAUGCAGAUAGCCACAUUAUCUGUCCACUCUGUCACAGGAAUAACCUGACCGUUAACAGUCACUUUGUCUCAUGCCCGUGUGGGAUGUACAUUAAUACGCAGAACAAAAAUAUCACUGUGGAAUACCUCCGACCCCUUCUGGAGAGCCGAGUGACUGAUCAUAAUGACCAGUGUUGCCAAAAUCCUGUCUUCUCAGUUGCCAAUGGCAUUGAAAGGUCUGCUAAUUUACUCAUGAGCUGUACGGCUUGCGAUUACCUGUCAAUCAUCCUCUGAAGCAGACAGAGACGCUGCAGUCCAAGUCUUUACUCUGCAAGAAGGAUUUCUUCUGUAUCUGAAGGAUUUGUUUUGUUUGCAUGCAGUUUAUCCUAUUGCAAUGGUGUGUGCCUGUCUUGUCUUUUCUUAAUGUUAAUUUCUGUGAAAUAAAGCUUUUUUUUUAUUGUACAAAAGUGUUUUUUAUGCAUUUGCUUUAUUUGAACUAGAAUUGCUUUGAACAAUAAAUAUGGAUCUGGUUUGCGUAAUAGGAAUUAUCCAUUCUGAAACUAUUGAAAAUCAAUAUUCUGUGUUUUGUAGUACAAGUGAUGGGUCAUUACCUAAUGCAGAUUAAACAUGUUUUUGCAUUAAGAAUCCCCUGGGAUAUAUUGCCUCUUCAGAUUCUCCACCAACCUUGCUAGUUUUACAAAAGCUGUUUGGAUCCAUUUUAAACAUGUUCUAUAAAGGUCUUGUUGCAAGUUUUUUUUAUAUCUACAGUACUGUAGACUACUGAUUGAAAAUAAAUUCUCAAUGAACAAUGCAAUACCUAGUACUGUAGCGCCACAGUAAAACAGGACUAUUUGGUUCAUCAACAUGUGUGUUUGUCUAUUUUUCUUGUUCCCCUUUUCUGCUAAUUCUUUUUUAAUUGAAUGGGCUUGACUGUUUUAAUUGGAACCUGAACAAAUUAAGCAACCCUUCACUAUUCAUUUUUGAGGUGAUUUUUAAAAAAAAUGUUAUGCUGUGAUCCUACUGUGUGUCAAGAAAUAACAUUAUUUGGAAAAAAAAAAAAUCACAAGAUUAUAUUUAUGGAUUCUCUUGUUUCCCAUCCACAUAUUUUGAUGGAUUAACAAUGAAUAAACAGUAAUUGGACAUUUGAAGACAUGAUCAUUACAAAACA